AUGGACAUUAUCGGCCCAAUUUCCCUACCUUCUACAAAAGGACAUCGCUUCAUCCUAGUGAUAACUAACAACUUUUUCAAAUGGGCUGAAGUAAUUCCAUUGAGAGAAGUCAUAACAAGUGAUGUGGUCAAGUUCAUUAAACAUCACAUCAUAUACAGAUACGGUAUCCCAAGACACAUCAUCCAUGACAACGGACCCCAGUUUGUCAGCCAAGCCUUCACACGAUUCUGCGAUAAGUUCAGAAUCAGAAACUUGGCAUUACCAGCUUAUAAUCCUGAUGUGAAUGGACAAGUAGAAGCUUUCAAUAAGACCAUCAUCAAAAUUCUCACCAAGUUGGUCUCCACAACCAAACGAGACUGUAAUGAGAAAUUGGGUCAAAGUUUAUAA